CAUAACAUAUAUAUGAUAUGAUAUAUCCAAUUGCAGUUGCUGUCUCAUUCAGGAGACGGUGGUGGUGGGUUUUAAGACAUUAAGGAAUUAAUGGCUGCCCAACUCAUGAGUACGAGUUUUAGCUACUAUUAUCAUCAUCAAACCAAUCCCAUCAUAGCAGCAGCAAGAACAUUGAAACCAUCACCUUCCUCGACAUGUUUGAAUUCACUGUUGUCUUUGCAGAGAUUUGGUGUUUUUCAAAGGACAAGACAAGAGAAAAGAAGGGGAUAUGGUGUUGUGGUAGCAUCAAGCAGUAGCAAUGCGGCGGCACCGCUUUGGGAUUCUUGGAAACCAGAGAAAAGCUCUGCUGCUUCUCCUUCUCUCAGUGACAUCAUUUGGCCUUCUGCAGGAGCAUUUGCUGCAAUGGCGAUAUUGGGAAAGAUGGAUCAAAUAUUAGCACCACAAGGGGUUUCAAUGACAAUUGCACCUUUAGGAGCUGUUUGUGCGGUCCUGUUUGCAACUCCAUCCUCUCCUGCUGCUCGGAAGUACAAUAUGUUCAUGGCUCAGAUAGGUUGUGCAGCAAUCGGUGUUGCGGCAUUCUCAGUAUUUGGGCCUGGCUGGCUUGCUAGAAGCGCCGCCCUUGCCGCUUCCAUAGCUUUCAUGAUCCUUACACGUUCCAAUCAUCCACCAGCUGCCAGUUUGCCAAUUCUAUUCAUUGAUGGAGUUAAGUUACACCACUUAAAUUUUUGGUUUGCUUUAUUUCCUGGCGCUGCUGCAUGUAUCAUCCUCUGUUUGAUGCAAGAAGUGGUUUGUUUCUUGAAGAACAAUUUCAAAUUUUGACGAGCUAAUUGCCUGCGCCACCAGCACAUAAAACCCUUCGUUACAUAAAGGACAUUUGCGCUGCCAUUGGAACCUACUGUCAUAUAUGAUAUACAUUUCCAUAUUUUUUUAUAUUUUAUAUUAUUUAGUUUAACUUCUAUAUUUUGUAUCCUGUUUACAUGCAUUGUUGACAAAUUUCAAAUGUCUAGUAAUGCAUUUGAUGUAAAAAAUAAUUAUAAAAUGGAAAAAAAAGGCAUGUUCAUGAUUGAUGUGAUAACAA